UUUCAGAUGAGUAUGUAAAAGGGCUUUGAGGACUGUUUGAAGCAUCAAUGCAUGAGGAAAAUCUGUGCCUGGAAGCAUCAACCACAUCAUCCAUCACCAUAAGACAAUUCCUGUCUAACAGAGAAAUGUGCAGGAUCUAGUGGGAAAUAACAGGACAAUUAGUGUUCCUUCAGCUGUCGUGAACAGGAAAAACUCUCAACAGUGGAGAGGGCAUUGAGAAGAUUACUCUUUUGUGUACAACAUACUGUUUGUAUUAGGUGAGUUAGUGAGGGUGUCCUUUCUGCGAUAAGGAGAAAAGACAGAAGAGUGAAAUAAUAGGUGGAUUGAAGAAAGUCUUAUCGUUGGAUUCUGUGUAAACAGAGAUACAGUUUCACUGAAGAUCAAGACCAGUGAAAGCUUAAAUUUUUUAUGAAGAAUCGGAUGAUUAUCCUGUGAUAAGCCAUCAUGAGUACAAAUUCCAUUGGGGCCCCCCAGGCGAUGCCCCCCGCCACGCCUGGUCAAACAUAUGAGACAAUAAUGCCCUCCACGGAGGGGAUCAAUGGCACCACCCCUAGUGAACGGGUGAUUGCCCGACCCCGAACCUGUGACGAGAUUAGUGCAGAGUAUGACAUUGCGUUAGCUGUGAUUUGCUCCAUGUGUUUUAUUUUUGGGAUAGUGUAUACGUUUUUUGGUUACCGAUUCUUUAAGGCUGUAAUGUUCCUGACUGGCUUCAUCUUCACAUCCGUCCUCGUGUAUCUGAUUCUAUCCCAGCAUUCCCUACUCCCUAUAGAGGGAAACAUUGGUGUGGCCCUGGGGGCAGGGCUCCUGAUAGGACUCCUGACUAUGUUAGUGCAGUAUGUGGGACUUUUCUUCACAGGGUUUCAGCUGGGAGCUGCAAUAGGUGUUGUGAGUCUUAUUAUUGUGGACUUUUUCAUCCUCAUCCCUGUCCAUUGGAUCCGGAUUGGAGUGAUCUGUGGAUUAGGUUUAGUGUGUGCAAUACUAACUCUGAAAUUCCAGAAGGGUGGCAUGAUUCUGGGGACCAGUGUGUUUGGUGGUGCCCUAAUGGUGGCCUGCCUGGAUUAUUUUAUUGAACAGUUUGCCAUGGUUACGUUUGUGUGGGGACAGGUCACGGGAAUGUCCUCAGGACUUGUGUGCUGGUAUUCUUGGGUGCUGCUUGGCUGCUGGCCAUUCUGUUUUCUGGUGGGGACUGUGACACAGUGGAGGAUAACUGGACAGGGAUAUGACCACAAUGAACCUAUCCCCAGUAAAAGGGUGAAGAAAGCAAAUCUCCAUCAGGCAAGGAAAAAGGAGAGACAGGACAGUCAGCAUACAAGAUACAGGCACCUGUACCAGGCUCGACGAGCUCCCGGUGAUGUUCUAUCUCAGACAUAUAUCCAGACCAUGACUCAAAAGAUGUCCCCAGCAACUAAACGCAAGGACCAUAUAGCCAUUCCUACAGAGCCAAGCUUAACUGAACUAGACAGCACUAAUACGACCUUGACCCAGGUGCCAUAGAGUAUGGACAAGUGGAUCCAGGAAUUAAAUGACCCACAUUCAUGAUGAAAAUGUAGCAGAUACCAAAAAUAGACUAAAAUGUGAAGUUUGGAUUGGAUCUUAUUGAUUCGAUCGAUAAUUUUUAUUGUGGUGGCAAUGGAUCCAAAAGUUCUGGAUUUUCUAAACUUGGGGAAAGGAUUGCAAGUUUUUGUGUGUGGAUCAAUUAAGUUUCAAAAAAUAUAUGACAGUAUUAUGGCAAACUUUACAGUUAUGAGGAAAGGCUGUCUCAGACCACAAGGAAGAUAAUGUCUUGAUUUAUAGAUUUGUGCCAUAAUAAUAUAAUCGACAGUGAACUGUACCAAAGCUAGGGUAACUCCAGCAAUUGUUUGUCUGUGAAUUUGGAGGAAGAUGCAUUGAGUUCAGAAAGAGGUUGAUCUCAUAAGGGCAAUUUUUUCUUUUGAUUUUUUUUUUUCAUUCCAGUGUUGUUUGUACUUUUUUUUCAAAAAAAUUAUGAUUUCGGUUCACCUGAACAAUUUUUUGUUCACAUACUUAUACCUGUGCUAUAGAUUAUACAAUGUGUCAUGUAUUAAUAAACAUGUAUGCUUAUGUUCAUGAUGUUUGCAAUUGUUUUAUAAUUAAAAGAGUGUGUAUAAUUUGAUUAUAUAUUCAUUUCACCUGGAAAAAAAAUAGAAUUGAAUUGUAAAAUGUU